AUGUUUAUUUAUAUUAAACAACUUAAUAGCCCAGGAACAAAUGAAAUUCAAUUGGACGUUUCACCACUUGAUACAAUUCAAGAAAUCAAAUCCCGUCUUGCUCAACAAUUAAAUAUUCCAGUCAAUCAACAAAAAUUAGUUCUCAAAGGUAAACCAUUACAUGAUGGAUCCAUAUGUGAUUAUCAAAUAAGUGAUGGUUCAAAAUUACAUUUAAUGGUUUCAACACAAACUACACCCGUUAAAUCAACAAAUAAUGCAUUUACAAAUGAAUUACGUUUACUUGCAUCGAAAUGGAUUGAAAAUCCAAAUGAACGUGAAGCAUUUGUAAUAGCAUUUCAAACAGAAAUGAAAAAUACUGUUGAUCGAUUAAGUUUAGAUGAUAUUGAAAAAUUAUGUGCUGAUCGAUUAAAUCAAACUGUCUGA